AUGGAGAGGCAAAGGAAGCGAACGCUUCGCGCACUUAAUAUUCGCGCCUGGGAUGGCGACCAAGAUGUCUUCGCCGUGCAAGGCUCCCUCGACUCGUCCAUGAAAAAGAACACUGCCUUCAUCAAGCGCCUACGAACCGCCGUAAACGCGUCCGCCCAAGCCCAAUUCCUCCAAGAAAUCCGUACCCUGUCCCUCCACAAAUACCUCUCCGAAAUCAUCUCCGCCUGCUACGAAGGCCUGUGUAAACUCAAGACACCCGGCGAAAUUGCUGCUGGCGUGGAAAUUGUCAGCGCCCUCCACCAGCGCUUUGGCCCCGCAGACUUCACCGGCUACAUUGGCUGGUACAUUGGGCGGGGACUGGCGACACCGGACAAAUCACACCUGAAGACGCUCCCACAGGAUGUGCGCGAGCGAGAAGAGAAGGACCGUCUGGCUCGUCAGCGCGUACUUUUACGUGUCGCCACUGAACUCUGGCUUGUCGGUGUUCUGCGCAGUUUGGAUGACGUAGCCCGGCCUGAAGAGGCAAGCAAGACCAAAGACAAUGGCAAACUCAUCGAAGGCUCUGCAAAGGCAAAGUCACGGGCAGAGAAUGCCGACGCCGAGCCUUUUCCUCUCGAAGUGCUCAAGGACAUGCUUGGACACGACCGUGAGCAUAUUAACCUGCCGCUGGUCGUCAUCUUCGUCAAGGCCUUUUCCUGGGACAUACUGGGCACCAAGCCGGCGUCUGCAGAAGGCCGUAAGACAGUAAACGACGACGGCAGUACCGUGGCAGAGAAGAAUGGAGAGUCGUCGAGCGCGGAAGACGAGGAAGAAGCCAGCAGAGAUCCGCCCAUCAUCUCGCCAGAUUUGCAACAGCGAUUCAAGAACAUCCUCAAUCGUUAUUUCGAAGACGUCAAGACCCACCUCCUCCGCGAUCAGAAACACAUACUCAGCCAAGGGCGCAAGAAUGCCGAAGCAUACGUGAAAUCCGGGGAGGUCUUCGAAGACCGUCAGUCCAACUACGAGAAGCAGAUGAAGUCUCAGGAGCGACUGGUGUCGAAUGCCCAAGUCUUGGCCGAUGCACUGGGUGCUGAGAUGCCAGACUUGAAAGAGAAGGAUAGCUCUGCAAACACGGGGGACGGUUCUAUAGGCCUGAUCAAGACGGGCGAAUACUUACGCGGCCAAAGUGACGGUGCGGGCAUCUGGGAAGAUGAGGAGGAGCGCCGCUUCUACGAGAAUCUGAUUGACCUGAAGGACCGUGUUCCGGGUAUCCUGUUAGAGGAGGUAAAGAAGAAGAAGACCGACAGCGAUGAACAGGUUGGCAAGAAGAUGGAAGCAAAGCCCGACACUGUUGACAAGGAAGUAGCCGAGACUACUGCGGAUAACAAGGCAGCCGAGGGCGAAGACCAGUCUACUGCCAUCGCCAACAAGUCCGUCGGAGCUCAGGUAGAUGCCCUUCUGGCGCGCCUGCCAGAACUCGCGACAAAAGAUGCCGUCGACCAAACCGCCAUGGACUUCUGCUUUUUGAACUCAAAGGCCUCUCGAAACCGUCUCAUAAAAGCUAUACAGGAGAUCCCCAAAGGCCGCUCCGACUUGCUACCUCUAUAUUCGAGGCUCAUUGCAACGCUCGGGAAAUACAUGUCUGACGUUUCGCAAGGCUUGGUUUCUUACCUUGAUGAGGAGUUCCGAAGUUUGCAGCGACGAAAGUCAAAGGACUUUCUGGGACAAGUACGAACGCAGAAUGUGCGUUAUCUUGCGGAAUUGACAAAGUUCGGCGUUGUUCCUGAGCACGUCAUCUUCCAUUGCCUCAAAGUCAGCUUGGACGACUUUUCGCGAAUGAAUAUCGAGAUCAUCUGCAAUCUGCUGGAAAACUGUGGGCGAUACCUGCUUCGCAACCCAGAGACAUCGCCCCGUAUGGCUUCCUUUCUAGAGACUCUCCAACGCAAAAAGAGUGCCCAGGUUAUUGGUCAACAGGAGCGUAUGCUGAUCGAGAACGCCGUCUACUAUGUCAACCCCCCAGAGCGCGCUGCGAUUGAGCAGAAGGAGCGAACGCCGACCGAGCAGUUCCUGCGCAAGAUCAUGUACCAGGAUUUGACCCGUCGCUCACUGGACAAGACCAUCAAGCAAGUUCGCAAGAUGCACUGGGAAGAGGAAGACGUGGUCAAUCUUCUGCACAAGGUCUUUGCAAAGCCAGGGAAGAUCAAGUACAGUAACAUCCAUUUGCUGGCCGUGAUGCUGGGGACCAUCCAUCGAUUCCAUCAAGACUUUGCCAUCUCAGUCAUUGAUGAUCUCCUAGAAUCCAUCACGUUCGGGCUGGAGUUGAAUGACUUCAAGUUCAAUCAGCGACGAAUCUCUGAAGUCAAGUACCUCGGCGAACUGUACAUCUAUCGGCUGGUAGACUCUCCCCUCAUCUUCGACACCAUGUACAAGCUGUUGAACUAUGGAUGGGAGGGCGGAUAUGCUAAACCUGGAUCGUACAAUCCGUUGGAUCUUCCAGAUGACUACUUCCGGAUACGCCUGGUUUGUAACCUUCUUGAAACAUGCGGCAUGUACUACGACAAGGGUGCGACUAAGAAGAAGCUUGACUUCUUCUUGACCUAUUUGCAGUACUACGUUUGCACCAAGGAGGCCCUCCCCAUGGAUGUUGAGUUCCUCGUGCAGGACGCGUACAGCCUUGUCCGACCGCAGUGGAAAAUCAUCACGAACCCAGAGGAUGCUAUGCAUGCGUUUGGGGAAGCUGUCAAGCAAAACUACCAAACUGCAGCAGCCGACAAGCCUGUCGAGCCUGACGAAGAUGACGUGUCCGCGUCGGAUGAUGAGCUAGACGGCCCGGAAGACGAAGACAUUGUGAUUCCAGACGGCGAAGGAGAUAAGUCAUCUGGUGACGAGGAUGAAGAUUCGGACGAUGAUGAGCCCACGAAGCAAGGUUCAUCAGACGAAGAAGAGGAACGGAUUGUUGUGACCCGGCCAGAAGACGAACGUGACCCUGAAGCUGAUGCCGAGUUCGAUCGCGAACUUGCCAAGCUCAUGUCGGAGAGCGCCGAGUCUCGCAAGCACGACCGAAAGCCUGUCUUUGAUGUACCGCUGCCCAUGCGCCGCGCUCGAGAGACUACUGUGAAUGCUGAAGACAGUGGCAACGAAGCACCGGCGCCAAUCGCUCCGGCACCCUCUCACACGAUGAAGUUCUCGCUGCUUAGCAAGCGUGGUAAUAGAACUCAAACGCGGUCGAUCGAUUUGCCAUCGGAUUCGACCUUUGCUGUCGCCAUGCGCAACAAGCAACAAGCCGACACGGAAGAAAGGCAGCGCAUCAAGAGCCUGGUUCUGAACUACAACGAAGCCCGAGAUGACGCUGACGAUACGACUGGUGAUUCACCUUUUCAUUACACCCUUCAACCUAACACCAAUAGAAAGCAUACUGAAACGUCUAAAGGUCUGGACAAGACUCCGAAUCCAUACGCACAGCCGCGUCUUGACAAGGCUGGUGCCAAUCGCAGCAACCAGCGUGCACGGAAACUACAGCUGUCCGAUGUAAAUUGGACAUGA